ACGAAUUUCGCCGGCUUUUCUCGCUUUCUUUGAUAUGAUUCGUAAUUUUAUGAUCAUAAUUAAUUUUCCAAGAAGAAAAUCUAUUUAGCAUUAUGAUCUUAUGGGAUUUAUUGCCUUUGCUUAGAUGUCAACUCAAGUUGUUUUAUUCGUUUUUCAAGUCGUUAGUUGGUAAAGAUGUUGUUGUUGAAUUAAAAAAUGAUCUCAGUAUAUGUGGUACAUUACAUUCUGUAGACCAGUUUUUAAAUAUCAAACUUACAGACAUCAGUGUAACAGAUCCUGAUAAAUAUCCUCAUAUGUUAUCAGUAAAGAACUGUUUUAUUCGGGGUUCAGUAGUCAGAUAUGUCCAGUUACCAGCUGAUGAAUGUGAUACACAGUUACUACAAGAUGCAGCACGGAAAGAAGCUGCACAGAACAAAUCAAGAUAACAUUCUACUAAAGCUUCUCUAGUGCUACAUAGACUAAUAUUUGUGUCAGUUCAGAGUCAGGGCUGCUGGUUUCAUAAACAUUGUGUAUUUGGCAGCUUUGAAAUUACUUUGUGAUCUUUUAACAUCUUUUGAGAAAAAAAAGUAGAAUAAGAAAGCGUAAAUUGCAAUGGAUGGAUUUUACCACGUUGAUCUCUAAUAUGAGACCUUGCUAUUUUGAAGUGUCUGGUGGAAAAACUUUGGAUCAGCAGUACUGGCCAAAUAUGAAUGUGUGCAGGCACUCACAAAUAAAAGAAUAUUGAAAUCAUGUAAAUAUUGUUAACUUGCAAAGAUCAGCAAGAGACCCUGAUUAAUUGUGAAUCAUUUUGUAAAUAAAGCCGUCUUCAUUCUCAAUACCAUUUCUAGUGCUUUAUUUUAUAACUAAUAUAAGAAGUUGUCUGAAAAUGAUUUCUUGAAAAAUAAAAAAAAUUCAUAAUUUGAUUAUAAUUCAC